ACACUCAACGUGUUUCGCUUGUUUUGAAAUUGGAAGUUUGCAGCGCUUCUGUGCAGACGAGCGUCCGCUAAAGACAAACAAACUGUUGCCUCACGUCCGCGCGUGAGGACUCGGCGGGAAAGCGCCUUUUUCAGCUGGAAAGAAUAUGGAUGUUAUUCCCAUGUGUAGUAUUUUCCAGGAGCUACAGAGUGUCCUUGACACGGGAUACCUGUCCGCAGUACCAUCUCUAGAGGAGUACUGGCAGCAGACAUGUCUUGAGCUUGAGCGCUAUCUACAAAAUGAGCCCUAUGUCUCUGCAGCUGAUCUGACAUCAGUAUGUGAGUCUGACAAUCUGUGGAACCAGUUUCUGCGGUGCUGUGGGACUGAAUCGAACCAGUCCCCGACAGAAGCUUCCAUCCCCAAGCAGGACGGGAUUGCUACGGCUUCCCAUUCACUGUUCGGCAGCUGUAAGAAGAUCAUUGCGUCUGCUAAUGUGCUCACACACACACUGGAUCACAGCAGAUCUGAGCAGCAGCAUGCAAUCACACACACACCCCCAACGCCACCCUCCUCACCCUCAUUCCCUCUCAUGGAGGUUAAAGUAGAUACAGAAGGGGCAGGAAGGGGGGAGAUCACAGGUGAGGGGUCACCUGAAGGACGAAGGAGAGCUCAUCGCUGUUACUUCGAUGGCUGCAGGAAGGUGUACACCAAGAGCUCUCACCUGAAAGCACAUCAACGCACACACACCGGUGAGAAGCCGUACAUUUGUUCAUGGGACGGCUGUGAGUGGCGCUUCGCUCGAAGUGAUGAACUAACGAGGCACUUCAGAAAACACACCGGCGCAAAACCCUUCAAAUGCAGCCACUGUGACAGGUGUUUUUCUCGUUCUGAUCAUCUGGCGCUGCACAUGAAGCGACACAUCUGAAUGCAAAUCCCAAAGACUUGCACAGAAUCUCAAAGACCUGCACAGCUGGUUUUCUAUGUAUCCACUGAGUUUCAGUAUUGCAGAUUUUGCACACUCUUGGUAAACGCAUGCUUUCAGCUGAACAUGGGUAAUAGUGUUCAUUCCCAUGCUGGUGACUUUUGACUUGUUCAAUUCAAGUUAUAGCCUAGCUAUAAAGGGAUUGAAAA